AUGCUCACUUUGUUUCAGAUAGUAUCGACCGCGACCGCUGAGAACCAAGUUCAAGAUAGUGACAUUCGAUAUGGCUUGUUCAGGGGGGAGUUGGCGUUGCGCAAUCUCGGCACCCCUUCCUAUAACACCCUGUAUAUGACUUGUCUUUCCGAUAUAAAUGCGUGUGCUGUGAGCUGCAAGACAGAAGUGCAAGCGAGACAAGAUGAGGUUAGAGCACUGGCUGAAGGUUUGCGACCGAAUCAAGCAUGUGUCUCGGUCACUAAUAUAGACACAGCGAAUCCAUUGGACGGUCCUGCUGUGGUAUCAUUCGCCGUGUACGUGAGUGUUGCUGCGAUGCUGUUCUUUCAACUUGCUUUUGCUGUGGUAGCCGCUGCAUUAGCAGUUAUUAAUGCUACGAAGAACCCCACUGAACCUGUGUUUGGAUUACCUGGUUGUCUUUGGACGAACGUAGUGACAGCUUUAUGUGGUACAGUAGUACUGAUGCUAUUUGGAAUAUACUGGGCAACAUCUGGCUUAAACCAGCACCUGGCUAUUUCUUACAUCGCCGCGGGAUUGUUUGUGCCAUCACCUGGACUAGGGUACUCUUAUUGGAUGCUGUUGCCUGCUGUUUUCUGCUCACUCGCAAAUGUCGGUCUCAUCGAACUCAGGAAAUAUCUUCUGGAGAGGGACCCUCCGCCUCCUACAAUCAAAGUGGAAAACCAUUCCGAUGGCACAAUUUUCCUUUAUUAA